AUGAGUUCAACAAAACUGAAGUCUCAUUAUGAAAUGGGUGGGCAGGAGUCAGUUCCACUGCUGCAGAAGAAGAUAAAUGAUCUGAGCAACACAGGAAAAUCAGGCGCAGGGAAAUCCACCUUCCUCAAUGCGAUGAGAGGGCUUAAGAUAGAUGAUGAGGGAGCAGCCAAAACUGGGACGAUCGAAACCACAAUGGAGCCAAUCGGAUACACACAUCCAAGACUACUUCAUGUUAUUUUCUGGGAUCUGCCAGGAAUUGUAACAGAUGAAUUCCUGCGAAACAAAUACGUGAGGGAAAUGAAAUUUAAAAGAUUUGAUUUCUUCAUUAUUAUCUCAGCCUGUCGAUUCUCUGAAAAUGAUACAAAACUUGCCAAAGAGAUUAAACAGCUGAAGAAGAAUUUCUACUUCAUUCGAUCGAAGAUUGAUGAUGAUCUUGAUUCGUUGAGCAAAGGAGAGAGGAAUUUUAAUGAAUAGGAAGAACUGGAGAAGAUGAGGCAUGACUGUGUCAGCCACUUGCAAGAUGCAGGGAUCCCAUCACCCCGAGUGUACCUGAUAUCAAGCUUUGGUUUGAAUUAG